GUGGCUAUUCCCUGCAAAAUAUUUGGUGAUGCGCGCGGUGAGCUCUGCCAGACGAGAGGCCAUAGUAACAACACACAGCUCGUCUCAACUUAGAUCACAAUGCAGUCUUACUCCUCCCAAGGAAAGCUGGUGCGGAAUGGGGAGAAGAAUAAGUUAGUGAUCUGUAUAGAGGGGAAUAUUGCUAGUGGGAAGACAACAUGCCUGGAGUAUUUCAGCAAAACCAGUAACAUUGAGGUGCUGACUGAGCCAGUUUCCAAAUGGAGGAAUGUUCAAGGGCACAACCCCCUGGGGUUAAUGUACCAGGACCCUACUCGAUGGGGCAUCACUCUACAGACCUAUAUUCAGCUAACCAUGCUGGACCGACACCUCUCAACAAUAUCCGCCCCAAUGAGAAUGAUGGAAAGGUCCAUCUACAGUGCCAAGUACAUCUUUGUGGAAAAUCUUUACAGAAGUGGGAAGAUGCCCGAGGUGGACUUUGCUGUUCUUAGUGAGUGGUUUGAGUGGAUCACUCAGAACAUUGCCAUUCCUGUGGAUCUUAUUGUUUAUCUCCAGUCGUCUCCACAGACCUGCCAUGAGAGGCUAAAAGAGAGAUGCAGGGAGGAGGAGAAGAUCAUUCCUUUGGAAUAUUUAGAGGCAAUCCAUCAGCUGUAUGAAGACUGGCUGAUAAAGAAGACGUCCUUCAAUGUUCCUGCUCCAGUCCUUGUAAUUUCGGCAGACGAUGACCUGCAGAAGAUGAUUCUCCAGUAUGAGGAGAACAGAGAGAAGAUUUUAUCAGGGAGCAAUGUGUGACUGAAGUACAGUGCCUUCGAAAAUGAUUCAGACCCCUAAACUUUUGACAUUUUGUUAGGUUACAGCCUUAUUCUAAAAUUGAUUACAUUUUUUUUUCCCUCAUCAAUCGACUCACAAUACCCCAUAAUGACAAAGCAAAAACAGGUUUUUAGUAAUGUUUGCUAAUUCAACUUUGUUGAAGCACCGUUGGCAGCGAUUACAGCCUUGAUUCUUCUUGGGUAUGACGCUACAAGCUUGCCACACCUGUAUUUGGGGAGUUCCUCCCAUUCUUCUCAUCAGAUCCUCUCAAGCUGUCAUAUUGGAUGGGGAGUGUUGCUGCACAGCUGUUGUCAGGUCUCCAGAUAUGUUUGACCGGGCUCUGGCUGGGCCACUAAAGGACAUUCAGAGACUUGUCCACUCCUGCGUUGUCCUGUUGGAAGGUGAAACUUCACUCUGGUCUGAGUUCCUGAGCGCUCUGAAGCAGGUUUUAAUCAAGGAUCUCUGUACUUUGCUCCAUUCAUCUUUCCCUCGAUCCUGACUAGUCUCCCAAUCCCUGAUGCUAAAGAAACAUCCCCACAGCAUAAUACUGCCACCACCAUGCUUCACCGUAGGGAUGGUGCCAGGUUUCCUCCAGACGUGACACUUGGCAUUCAGGCCAAAUAGUUCCAUAUUGGUUUCAUCAGACCAGAGACUCUUGUUUAUCAUGGUCUGAGAGUCUUUAGGUGCUUUUUGGCAAACUCCAAGUGGGCUGUCAUGUGCUUUUUACUGAGGAGUGGGUUCCGUCUUGUCACUCUACCAUAAAAGCCUGAUUGGUGGAGCGCUGCAGAGAUGGCAGAGCCUUCCAGAAGGACAACCAUCUCCACAGAAGGACUCUAGAGCUCUGUCAGAGCAACGAUCGGGUUCUUGGUCACUACCCAGACCAAGACCCUUCUCCCCCGAUUGCUCAGUUUGGUCGGGUGGCCAGCUCUAGGAAGAGUCUUUGUGGUUCCAAACUUCUUCCAAUUAAGAAUGAUGUAGGCCACUGUGUUCUUGGGGACCUUCAAUGCUGCAGAAAUGUUUUGGUACCCUUCCCCAGUUCUGUGUCUCGACACAAUCCUGUCUCGGAGCUCUACGGACAAUUCCAACUGUCAACUAUGGGACCUUACAGUGCCUUGCAAAAGUAUUCAACCCCCCUGGCGUUUUUUACAAUUUUGUUGCAUUACAACAUGUAAUUUAAAUUCAUUUUUAUUUGGAUUUCAUGUAAAAUAGUCCAAUUUGGUGAAAUGAAAAAAAUAACUUCUUUCAAAAAAUGAUUCACCUUUUGUCACGGUUUUCUAGGUGUGGUGAAGGAGAGUCGGACCAAAAUGCAGCGUGUAUAUUACGAUCCAUGUUUUAAUAAACAAACGUAACACAAAUCUAAAUACAAUUACUACAAAAAACAAUAAACGUAAAGAAAACCGAAACAGCCUAUACCGGUGUAACCUAACAUAGACAGGAACAAGGACACUAAGGACAAUCACCCACAAUACAACCAAAGAAUAUGGCUGCCUAAAUAUGGUUCCCAAUCAGAGACAACGAUAAACACCUGCCUCUGAUUGAGAACCACUUCAGACAGCCAUAGACUUAUCUAGAACACCCCACUAGCUACAAUCCCCCAUAAUUACACACCACAUACAAAAACCCAUGCCACAUCCUGGCCUGACCAAAUAAAUAAAGAUAAACACAAAAUACUUCGACCAGGGCGUGACAGAACCUCCCCCCUAAGGUGCGGACUCCCGAACGCACCUCAAAACAAAUAGGGAGGGUCCGGGUGGGCGUCUGUCCAUGGUGGCGGUUCCGGCGCGGGACGUGGACCCCACUCAAUUCAUGUCUUAGUCCCCUCUCCUCGCGUCCCUGGAUAGUCCACCCUCGCCGCCGACCAUGGCCUAGUAGUCCUCACCCAGAACCCCACUGGACUGAGGAGCGGAUCGGGACUGAAGGACAGCUCGGGACUGAGGCAGCUCGGGAGUGAGAGAAAGCUCGGGAGUGAGAGAAAGCUCGGGAGUGAGAGAAAGCUCGGGAGUGAGAGGAAGCUCGGGGGUGAGAGGAAGCUCGGGGGUGAGAGGAAGCUCGGGAGUGAGAGGAAGCUCAGGCAGGUAGAUAGAUCUACCAGAUCCUGGCCGGCUGGUGGUCUCAGCAGAUCCUGGCCGACUGGCGCUACUGGCAGAUCCUGGCCGACUGGCGCUUCUGGCGGAUCCUGGCCGACUGGCGCCUCUGGAAGAUCCUGGCCGACUGGCAGAUCCUGGCUGACUGGCAGAUCUGGAAGAGUCUGG